CCCACUGGCCAGUAUAAAGCGCCGUGACCCUCAGGUGACGCACCAGGGCUGGCUGCCGUCGGGGACAGGGCUUUCCAUAGCCAUGGCCCAGCAGUGGAGCCUCCAAAGGCUCGCAGGCCGCCAUCCGCAGGACAGCUAUGAGGACAGCACCCAGUCCAGCAUCUUCACCUACACCAACAGCAACUCCACCAGAGACCCCUUCGAAGGCCCGAAUUACCACAUCGCUCCCAGAUGGGUGUACCACCUCACCAGUGUCUGGAUGAUCUUUGUGGUCAUCGCAUCCGUCUUCACAAAUGGGCUUGUGCUGGCGGCCACCAUGAAGUUCAAGAAGCUGCGCCACCCGCUGAACUGGAUCCUGGUGAACCUGGCGAUCGCUGACCUGGCAGAGACCAUCAUCGCCAGCACUAUUAGCGUUGUGAACCAGAUCUAUGGCUACUUCGUGCUGGGCCACCCUAUGUGUGUCCUGGAGGGCUACACCGUCUCCCUGUGUGGGAUCACAGGUCUCUGGUCCCUGGCCAUCAUUUCCUGGGAGAGAUGGAUGGUGGUCUGCAAGCCCUUUGGCAACGUGAGAUUUGAUGCCAAGCUGGCCAUCGUGGGCAUCGUCUUCUCCUGGGUCUGGGCUGCUGUGUGGACGGCCCCGCCCAUCUUUGGUUGGAGCAGGUACUGGCCCCAUGGCCUGAAGACUUCAUGCGGCCCAGACGUGUUCAGCGGCAGCUCGUACCCCGGGGUGCAGUCUUACAUGAUUGUCCUCAUGGUCACCUGCUGCAUCACCCCACUCAGCAUCAUCGUGCUCUGCUACCUCCAAGUGUGGCUGGCCAUCCGAGCGGUGGCAAAGCAGCAGAAAGAGUCUGAAUCCACCCAGAAGGCAGAGAAGGAAGUGACGCGCAUGGUGGUGGUGAUGGUCCUGGCAUUCUGCUUCUGCUGGGGACCAUACGCCUUCUUCGCAUGCUUUGCUGCUGCCAACCCUGGCUACCCCUUCCACCCUUUGAUGGCUGCCCUGCCAGCGUUCUUUGCCAAAAGUGCCACUAUCUACAACCCUGUUAUCUAUGUCUUUAUGAACCGGCAGUUUCGAAACUGCAUCUUGCAGCUUUUUGGGAAGAAGGUUGAUGAUGGCUCUGAACUCUCCAGCGCCUCCAAAACGGAGGUCUCAUCUGUAUCCUCGGUAUCGCCUGCGUGAGGUCUGCCUCCUACCCAUCCCGCCCACCGGGGCUUUGGCCACCUCUCCUUUCCCCCUCCUUCUCCAUCCCUGUGAAAUAAAUGUAAUUUAUCUUUGCCAAAACCAACAAAGUCACAGAGGCUUUCACUGCAGUGUGGGACCACCUGAGCCUCUGCGUGUGCAGGCACUGGGUCUCGAGAGGGUGCAAGGGGGAUAAAGAGGAGAGGGCGCUUCAUAGACUUUAAGUUUUCCCGAGCCUCAUGUCUACCGAUGGCGUGAAAGGAUCCUGGCAAAAUGGAAGUGUGAGGCAGGUGGGCGUCUAUAUCCAUUUCACCAGGCUGAUGGUUACAUAAUCGGCAAGCAAGAGCUGUGGAGGGCUUGCUGGAUGCCCUCAACACCCAGGAGGAGGGAGGGAGCUAGCAAGCUAAGGCAGGUGGCCCUCCUGGCCCCUUAAGGUCCAUCUGCUGGAGGCCCAGAGUCCUUGGAGUACAGUCUACACCUGGAGGGGACCCAUUCCUGCCAGUCUGUGGCAGGGAUGGCAUGCCACCUCUGCCAGGCCGGGACCCCAAGCCCGAUCAGCAUCAGCGUGGUGCAAGCGCACAGGCGUGAGCUGAUCAGUGACGAGGGGCAGGUACACAAGGUGGAGACAAAGACCAAGAGGACGGUUGCCAGUGAGAGGAGCAGACCCAUGAACUUGAACAACAUCUGCGGGGGACGGCUUUGGAGGUGCUCCGCUGCCUCCAGUUGGGUGACUUGCUGUAGCAUCUCCAGCUUGGAUAUUCGGCUCUUGAAGGUCUCCAUGAUCUCCUGCAGGAGACGAAAAUGCACGCACCAGAAGUCA